CUAUGGUUUUCGGCAGCUUGACGUUGCGCCUGUCAAAACCUCAAAAUAGAUUUCAAUAGUUAAAACUUGUGAUUAUUUUUAUUUAUUUUAUAAUGAUGAAUGUUAUUGCACGAUCAGGCAAUGUGGCUUCAUAUUUUAAAGCUACAACAUGCACUGUUUCUUCUGGUUUAAAUCCAGCAGCGAUUGCCAUUCCUGUCAAAGGCGAAAAAUUACAAGUCAAAGCUACACCGCUCGUAUUAACUAAACGCAACGUGAAUGAUGUGUUAUUUUCAGGAAAAAUUGGUGUUCAAUCAGGAAUUGGAGUGAGUACUCAAGCUGUUAGGCUUGCACAUACCGACAUACGAGUACCAGAUUUUACUGAAUAUCGCCGUGAUGCAACAAAAGAUCCUGCCAGCAGAAACAGGGAUAAUGCUGAUGCUAGAAAAAAUUUUACAUAUUUAAUGGCCGGCAGCACGGCUGUGGUUGGGGCUUAUGCUGCAAAAUCAGUAGUAACACAAUUUAUUACAUCCAUGGCUGCAUCAGCUGAUGUUCUUGCAUUAGCUAAAAUUGAAGUUAAAUUAGCUGAAAUUCCAGAAGGAAAAUCAGUUACAUUUAAAUGGAGAGGCAAGCCAUUGUUUAUUAGACAUAGAACAGCGCAAGAAGUUGAUGCUGAGAACAAGGUAGCACUAAGUACAUUACGAGACCCUCAAGCAGACUCAGAACGUGUACAGGACCCAAAGUGGUUGGUUGUCAUUGGUGUAUGUACCCAUCUUGGUUGUGUGCCAAUAGCCAAUGCUGGUGACUUUGGUGGUUAUUAUUGCCCUUGCCAUGGAUCACAUUAUGACGCAUCUGGAAGAAUAAGGAAAGGACCUGCACCGUUAAACUUGGAGGUUCCUUAUUAUACAUUCCCCGAAGAGGGAAUUUUGAGUGUUGGUUAAUAAAUGCAAUGUAGGUCAUUAAAUAAUUGAUUGAAAAUUUGAUUUUCUCUACUAAAAUAAAAAUGAACACCCAUCUGGGAUUAAUAUUGAAACAGUAAAAGCUAUGUUAAGUAUAAUUUGGUAAUGUGCAGUCUAAUUACAUGUUUCAUGUAUGUUCAAACAUUUAUGUACAUGAAUAAAUUUUCG